UUCCCGUAGCACUACUAUUUCACGGAUUUGCGUUAAAUGGUGGUCUCAGUUUCGUAUAAUUCGGUUUGUCUGGAUGAUCGACGAGAUUUAGCUUGUAAUGCGUGAUUCGUUUAGAAGUCUCUGUGUUGGAAGUACAGUGAUUGAAGGAGGUGGAAGAUGUCGCACAGGAAGUUUGAGCACCCAAGGCACGGAUCGCUCGGUUUCCUCCCGAGGAAGAGGGCUGCUCGCCACAGGGGAAAGGUUAAGGCUUUCCCCAAGGAUGAUCCGACCAAGCCCUGCAAGUUGACAGCCUUCUUGGGUUACAAGGCUGGAAUGACCCACAUUGUCAGAGAAGUCGAGAAACCUGGAUCAAAACUUCACAAGAAGGAGACUUGUGAGGCUGUUACUAUCAUUGAAACACCUCCAAUGGUUAUUGUUGGUGUGGUUGGGUAUGUGAAGACUCCUCGUGGUCUUCGUUGCCUCAACACAGUUUGGGCUCAGCAUCUGAGUGAGGAGGUAAAGAGGAGGUUUUACAAGAACUGGUUCAAGUCUAAGAAGAAGGCCUUCACCAAGUACUCAAAGAAGCUGGAGACUGAUGAGGGGAAGAAGGAUAUCCAGGCCCAGCUGGAGAAAUUGAAAAAAUAUGCAUCUGUUAUCCGUGUGCUGGCUCACACGCAGAUAAGGAAGAUGAAGGGACUGAAACAAAAGAAGGCACACUUGAUGGAGAUUCAAGUGAAUGGUGGGACUAUUGCCCAGAAGGUUGACUUUGCUUAUGGUUUCUUUGAGAAACAGGUCCCUGUGGAUGCUGUUUUCCAGAAGGAUGAGAUGAUUGACAUAAUUGGUGUUACCAAGGGGAAAGGUUAUGAAGGUGUGGUUACACGUUGGGGUGUCACUCGUCUUCCUCGCAAAACCCACAGGGGUCUUCGUAAGGUGGCCUGUAUUGGUGCAUGGCACCCUGCUAGAGUUUCCUUUACAGUCGCUAGGGCUGGUCAGAAUGGCUACCAUCACCGUACUGAAAUGAACAAGAAGGUCUACAAGCUUGGCAAGGCUGGGAAUGAAGAACACACUGCCAGUACUGAGUUUGACAGGACUGAGAAAGAUAUUACACCAAUGGGUGGAUUCCCCCACUAUGGUGUAGUAAAGGAUGAUUACCUGAUGAUCAAGGGUUGCUGUGUUGGUCCUAAGAAAAGGGUUGUAACCCUUCGUCAGUCUCUCCUGAACCAGACUUCUCGUGUUGCUCUUGAAGAAAUUAAGCUCAAGUUCAUCGAUACCUCAUCCAAAUUUGGACAUGGCCGCUUCCAGACAACCCAGGAGAAGCAGAAGUUCUACGGUCGUCUCAAGGCGUAGGAGUUCACUUAGAAGAAUAUGGGAUACUAGUUUUUAUUGCUUAAAUCAUUUUUGCAUGAGUCUUAGACAGCUAAGUUUUAUUAUGGACUGGGUUCUUCUUUAUGGUUGAAGUUUUCCAACUUGUAUGCUGGUUUUGAAAGUUAUGUGACAUGGUUUCGUUGCCAAUGGACUACAGCAUGAAUUUUGUUU